ACACUGUUUUAAUUGCUAUCACAACAUCAUUUGGAUCAGAACUGAGUGGUAGCUACAGCAAAAACAUGAAAUUGAUCAUCCUUCUCUCUGCCGUGGCCUGGGCUAGCUGUGCCAAGCUAGACAGGACCUACCUCCCUCCUAACGCUCAGUCCUCUUCCGGAUCCAACUUCCUCCAAGCCCCUGAUACCCGCGGCAACGGUUUCAACGGAAACGGGUUCAGCCAGAACGGAAACGACUUCAACCAGAACGGAAACGACCUCAACCAGAUCGGAAACGAUUUCAAUCAGAACGGAAAUGGUUUCAACGGAAAUGGCUUCGACCGCCCUGAAAGACCUCAAGCCGCUUUUGAAAGGAACGCUGCUAUCCUUCGCCAGGAUUCCCAGAAUGAUGGAGAGACUUAUUCAUAUGCUUAUGAAACUGAAAACGGCAUUUACGCUGAGGAGAACGGUGUGGCUACUAAUGGAGUUGAAGCUCAGGGUAGUUAUUCUUACACUGGUGACGAUGGACAGGUGUACAAUAUCAGGUACACAGCUGACCAAAACGGAUUCGUGCCAGUUGGUGACCACCUCCCCACUCCUCCUCCCGUGCCGGAAGAGAUCCUGAAGGCUUUGGAGCAGAACGCUCGUGAUGAGGCUGCUGGCAUCUACGAUGAUGGCUCCUACAGCGAAGGCAAAUACGGCGAUGACAACAACCAAUACAACGGUAACUUCAACAAUGGUAACAACGGUAACAACUUCAAUAAUGGUAACAGCUUCAAAGGUAACUACAACAAUGCUAUCAACGAUGGCAACGAUGAAGACACUGUCGUUACCAACGCUGCCUUCAGAACCUCUGGUUCUCGGGGCUUCGCUGGAGCUACCAAGGCUUACCUCCCCCCCGUCAAGUCGCAGGACUUCGGUGCUCGAUCCAGGACUCGGCCAAGCUUCAACGCGAGGGACGGAUACAAUUAUUAGACAAAUUUUGUUGACUGUUUAAUGGAUAAAGACUAUUUAUGACAUGAUAUAA